AUGGUACAUGUAAAUGUAUUAAUUAAAAGUUAUCACUUGUUAUAUAAAUUGAUAGAUGUACAUGAAAUAAAUAAUAAUUAUAUCUUUUGUAGACGUUAUGGCUUUGGAAGAUCAGUUCCAACACAAAAAUCUGACGAUGAUAAGAGGAAAGCUGUAGCAGGUGCUCUUGGUGGAGGAGAGGCCGAGGGGGACAAGAGUGAGAGACAAAGAGAGGAGGAGGAGAAGAGGAUAAAGGCACUCAUGAAGGGAAUGGCAUCAGCUGGAACUGAUGAUACCCUCUCCAGUGCUAUGGUUGGUUCUAUUGUUGGUAUGCAAUCAUCUGAAAUAUUGCAAGUUGCCUCUGAAUAUGAAGUUAAACGUGCUGAUUUAGAGUCUGCCCAACCAUCAGAGAAGGUCUUGGGUGCUCAGUCUCACCUCCGUCUUGUGACUGGACUACAGAAACAAAUUGCCUCCUUUGAGAAGAAAUGCUCAGAAGUUCAAGCUAAACACGAUGAGUUGUAUUCUGAGUAUACUGAGGCACAGGAGGAACUGGCAGAGGUUAUUAAGAGGAAGGAAAGGAUAGCUAGAGAAAUGGAGAAACUCAAUGAAAUGGAAAAUGAAGAGAAUUCAGAGUAA